AUGGUCGUCGAAGAUAUCAUGUUCGCCGAUGAAAGUACAAAUGGAUGGAUCGCAACCACCCAGAAAGUCUGCGCGACUUACGUACAGUACCAUUGUCUUCACAACGAUCGCAAACGGCCGCCUUUGAUAGACGAAUUCCAUUCUGGCUCUACUGAGCAAGAUGUCACACCAAUCCAUGUCCUCUACAUGUUGAAGCAGGUGAGGCAGAGAGCAAAGACGAACCGAACACGAGAAGAAAAGAACUUGAGCUGGGAUCUAACCAAGCACCAAUGA